CACACGGCAUUCGAGGCGCCAGAGCGUGAUCGCUUGGGGCUGAGAGGCCUUCUUCCGCCGGGUUACCAGACCAUGGAGGAGCAAAUGCAGCAGUUCAUGCGGCAGUACGAGGCGAUUGAACGCAAGCCCAGGUCGUCUGACGACCCUGUGGACCUGCAGAAGUGGCGCAUCCUGAACCGCCUGCACGACCGCAACGAGACUCUGUAUUACCGGAUCCUGAUGGACAACAUAGAGGAGAUGUCGCGCAUCGUGUACACGCCCACGGUGGGCAUGGUGUGCCAGCGCUAUGCCUCCCUCUUCCGCCGCCCCCGGGGCAUGUACUUCAGCGCCAAUGACCAGGGCGAGAUGGCCUCCAUGGUGCACAACUGGCCUUCUGACCAUGUGGACAUCAUAGUGAUCACGGAUGGCAGCAGGGUACUGGGCGUGGGGGACUGCGGCGUGCAGGCCGUGUCAGCGCCGGUGGGGAAGCUGGACGUGUACGUGGCUGCUGCUGGCAUCAACCCCAACCGGGUUCUGCCUGUAGUCUUCGAUGUGGGCACCAACAACAGCGAGCUCAUGAAGGACCCACUCUACCUGGGCCUGCGCCAUCCGCGCAUAGACGGGGAGGACUAUCUGGAGCUCAUAGACGAGUUCAUGGAGGCCGUCACCGCCCGCUGGCCCAAUGUCAUCGUUCAGUUCGAGGACAUGGAGCGCAAGUGGGCGCACGUGCUCAUGGACCGCUACAGGCACCAGUAUCGCACGUUCAAUGACGACAUCCAGGGCACGGGGGGGCUGGCUGUGGCGGCGGUGACCAACGUGCUGAGGGCGCAGGAGCUGCCUCCUAGUGAACUGGCGAAUUGCAAAAUGGUUGUGACCGGUGCAGGCAGUGCGGUGCAGGGCAUGCUGACAGCACUUCAAAAGGCGAUGGUGGCGCAUUUGGGAGAGAGCAAGCACAGCUACAUGCUGGCUGCUCGCAACUUCUGGAUCGUGGAUAACAAGGGCCUCAUGACUGAAGCGCGGGGAGCCGUACCCAACCAGCUGCGGCCCUUCCUGAGGCCGGCAGCAGAAGCGCGGGAGGAGGGCGGGCUGCAGGAGGGGGCGCACCUGGCAGCGGUGAUCAAGGCGGUGCAGCCGCACGUGCUGUUUGGGCUGUCGGGCAAGCACCACCUGUUUGACAAGGAUGUGCUGCGAGCUGUGAAGAACAGUGGCGUGCCCCGCCCUGCCAUCCUGCCCCUCUCCUGCCCUGCCAACCACUCGGAGUGCACGGCACAGCAGGCGUUUGAAGCAGUGGGUCCCAACGCCCUCUUCCUCUCCGGAGUCAGCUACCCCUCAGUGCGCUUCCCGGAUGGCAAGAUUGGCCAUUCCACCCAGGGCAACCACAUCUUCCUCUUUCCAGGCAUUGCGGCCGGGGCACUGCUAUCAGGCGCGCGCCUGGUGUCUGAAGGGAUGAUCCACGCGGCAGCCAACGAGGUGGCGCACUAUAUUUCAGACGAUGACGUCAAGAAAGGCAUUCUAUUCCCGUCACUAUCCAGCAUUCGUGACAUCACAUCACACGUCGCAGUGGCCGUGGCUCGCAAGGCAGCAGAGGAGGGAUUAGCUGAGGGCAUUCCCAGCCUGCAUGCCGAUCAGCUGCUGACGCUCUCCAAGAUUGCCCCAAGCCCAUCGCGGAGCCUACCCCAUCCCUCACCUCCCCAUCCGUCACCUCCCCAUCCCUCAUCUUCCCUCGCACACUUGUCACGCCCCCUUUCCAACCCGCACAUACACCCUUCCCUGUUUCCCCGUAUCCCCUGCGCUGCUUCCCCCCAUCCUCCGACUUGCUUCCCCCCAUUUCCUUCCCUGCUUCCCCCCGUCCCCUCCCCUGCCUCCCCCCAUGCCCGUCCCUGCUUGCCCCCAUCCCUUCCCUGCUCCCCCCCAUCCCCUAACCUGCUUCCCCCCAUCCCCUUCCCUGCUUCCCUCCGUCCUCUUCCCUCCUUCCCCCCGUCCCCCUCCCACCAUCCCCCCAUCUCCUUCCCUGCUUCCCCCCAUCCCCUUCCCUUCUUCCCUCCACCCCCUUCCCUCCUUUCCCGCGUCCCCCUCCUAGCAUCCCCCCCCGUCCCCCUCCCACCAUCCCCCCAUCCCCUUCCCUGCUUCCCCCCAUCUCCUUCCCUGCUUCCCCCAUCUCCUUCCCUGCUUCCCCCCAUCCCCUUCCCUGCUUCCCCCCAUCCCCUUCCCAAGUUCCCCCCAUCCCCUUCCCUGCUUCCCCCCAUCUCCUUCCCUGCUUCCCCCCAUCCCCUUCCCUGCUUCCCCCCAUCCCCUUCCCUUCUUCCCUCCGCCCCCUUCCCUCCUUUCCCCCGUCCCCCUCCUAGCAUCCCCACCCUUCCCCCUCCCACCAUCCCCCCAUCCCCUUCCCUGCUUCCCCCCAUCUCCUUCCCUGCUUCCCCCAUCUCCUUCCCUGCUUCCCCCCAUCCCCUUCCCUGCUUCCCCCCAUCCCCUUCCCUGCUCCCCCCCAUCCCCUUCCCUGCUUCCCCCCCGCCCCCUUCCCUCCUUUCCCCCGUCCCCCUCCUAGCAUCCCCCCAUCCCCUUCCCUGCUUCCCCCCAUCCCCGUCCCUGCUUGCCCCCAUCCCCUUCCCUCCUUCCCCCCGUCACCCUCCCUUCACCCUUGCUCCCUAG